AUGGCUCAGGCGCGAGUCCGACUGCUGCUGCUGGUGACACUGGGAUGUCUCUUGGCCGGCCUCUUCUCCCCCCUCCUUUGGAAACUAUACCUUCUCCUCCGUCUGCCAUUCGUGUGGAAAGCCUCAUCAGUAGACGCCGUCAUCUCUCUUCAGCGUGAUGGCUUCGACCUCACAUUCGCGGCGUACGAAAGCAACUACACUGUCACAGACCCCCUCAUUCCCGCGAGACUCCAUCAUGUCCAUCUAGGGGGGCAACUGCCGCGAGCAGAGUGGAGCGCCGCUCGUGAGGAAUGCAUCAAGCGGCAUCCCAACUGGGAGGUAUUCCUGUGGGAUGACCGCAAUGCCAGCCACUUCGUGCAGAAUCGUUAUCCGCAUAUCCUGACCAUGUGGGAGGGCUACCCGUAUCUGGUCCAGCGAGUGGAUGCCUUACGCUAUAUGAUCUUGCACACUUAUGGAGGUGCGAUACUGGACUUCGACCUCGCAUGCAAGCGCUCCAUGGAGCCCCUGCGCCAAUUCGAAUUCGUCGCACCGGCGGCCAAUCCCGUCGGAAUCUCCAUCGGCAUGAUGCUGGCGUCUCCGAAUAGUAGCUACGUGGGCGAUCUGGUUCGGAACCUGCCGCGCUAUAAUCUGCGAUGGUCGUUCCUGCCCUACAUCACCGUCAUGUUCAGUACCGGCUGCCACUAUGCGUCAACGAUCUACACCCUCCAAGCCAAUACCUCCCCCCUCCGCAUCCUCGCUGGACCACCGUCCAUCCCGAAACUGCACAUGCUCAACGGCUACGUCGACACCCCGCUCUUCCGCCACUUGGGAAGUUCUUCUUGGCAUCAGCAAGACGCGCGGCUGAUCAAGGCCUUUGCCAAUGUUGAUCAGCGAAUAUCGUUUGCGGUGAUAUUGGUCGUUGUGGUGGGGACAUGCUGGUCAGGGGUGUUGUGUGUGUCGCGGGUGCGGCGAUGCCACCAGGGACGGGAAUCGUGGGUCUCGCUGCAGGAGGGGACGGAUGCGUGGAAGCGUGUAUGAUUUUUUUUUGUCUUGUAAUUAUUGGCCUUUGUAG